AUGGAUAUACCGCUCAAAUCACAACCAAAGGUGUCAAUGGUGAGCCUUUUGGAUGAGACCAAAUUCACAUUAGGACUGUACGAUGGUAAUGAUUUAGAAUACGAUGAAAAUGAAAUAGAAUAUGAACACGAAAGCAAUGACAUGGGGUCACAGAGGGGGUCUCGGGAUAUUGAUAGCUCGUCAGGAAACAUGGGAUCAAUUAAUGAGGUGAUAGCGGACAAAAAGGAUAAUAAUUAUAGGUUAAGUAGGCGUCAAAAUAAGGCAGAUAGCAGUAGAGAUGAAAUACGGAGCCCAUUCGAAGAGAGUAGACGGAGGCUGGGAACUAGGACACACUCUCCGGAUUCGGACCAUAGUCCUAUGAGUCCUAAUAAUGAAUAUACUACUGGCUUUAGCGAGUAUUUGUCUGGUUUAGAGGAUGAAUACAUUCCGGGCUUGAAUUUUGGGGACAUGGUUUACAAAUGGAACAGGCCAUCAGAUCAGAAUCUUGCAGGUUUGUAUGGCGGGGCAGUCUCUACAAGCACAUCAACAAGCACUUCGAAUACGCCCCUGAGUAGGGAUGCAUCGUACUUGGAUUUGAACAAGUUACAUGCUAAGGUCUCGCCCCAACCAAUAGCAUUGAGAGGUCAUUUGAACAGUAAUAAUAAGCAUUCGUUUUCGAAAUUGAGUGAUUUCAUGAAGGCUAGUAGAGUUCCUAAGAAUACGAGUAGCACAGCUCCUGCGACUACGAAUAAGGAUGUUAAUAAUUCAACUUCCACAUUGACUUCGACUGUUGAUUCUGACCAUAAAAAGAGAAGGUUAAAAUCGUCUCAAAUAGUUGAUCCAAGUACGGGUGAUAUUAAUUAUGAAUUGAUCCUUAGUAGUUUACCACCUAAUUUCAAUGAUUUACCAUACUCACAGAGGCGGAAGGUGGUGAAGUCAUUUUCAGAUUCAAUUGACUACUCCCAAUUUUCACUUUUUGCUAAGCAAUAUUUAAAUGAAAAAAUGCCUUCUAGUGCGGGGAGAACACCAGGAAGUGGCUCGAAUAACGGAAGUUUUGCAAGGAGAUCUCGUCAUAAUAGCACCAAUACCGUUGCAGGCCGUUUGUUGGCUUUGUCAUCUUCAUCUUCCUCUGAUCUAAAGAAGAUGGAAGAAGCGCAACCAAAAAAGAAUAACGUGGAUGAAAAAGGUGCCAUUGUAAUGGGAUUUAAAUUGGGAAAAAUUAUAGGAUUUGGUGCUUGGGGAACAAUUAGAGAAUGCAGUGGUGAAGGUGGUGUAAUUAAAGCUGUGAAAAUUGUUAAAUCUAGCAGAAAUAUAGACAGUGUUUCGGCACCCUCGCUUUCACAGAGUAAUAGAAAUUCUCCAACUCAUUCAAGACCCCCUCAGCAUAACCCUAAGGUAUUAGAAGUCUUCAAGAAAGAAAUUAAUAUAUGGAAGCGACUCCAGCAUGACAAUAUUUUACCCUUGAUUGACCACUUAGAAACUGAUACAGCGAUAUUUUGUAUAACUAAUAGAAUCUUUGGCGGGACGUUAUUCGAACUUGUAUCAUCAUGGGGUAUUUAUAACUUCGGCAUGCAAAACAUGACUGGCCCUGUUUCAUUCCUGAUAGAAAGCCAGAGAAUGCGUUUAUCACAAACAAAAACGUUUAUAAAGCAAAUUAUUUCUGCUUUAACUUAUUUACAUGAAGAAAUGGGAGUAGUCCACGGUGAUUUAAAAUUGGAAAACGCAUUAGUGGAUGACCGUAAUAAGGAUGAUUUAAAAGUGAUAUUAUGUGACUUCGGGAUGUCUAGAGUUUACACGUCAAGAGUUAGCAAGAAAUCGUCUUUUUUAUCUCCGACCCAAAAUUCGCCUUCCUCGACUAUCAGAAGUAAGUCAUCAACUACCGACUUAAGGAAGCCAUAUUAUGGAGGUGAUACAAAGAAUACGAGGCAUUUAUUUACGGAUGACUCAAAAAUAGGCAUGGAUCAUAUGUUUAAGCAGCUAGGACCAUCAUUACAAUCAGUAGAUUUAACUCCUGAACAUUCACACCAUACUUUAUAUCAAUUUCACAAUAGUAAUAAAAUAACCGAAGGGAAAAUCGAUUCGGGGCUUCCACAUUCGCAUAUUGGUUCGCUACCUUACGCAUCACCGGAAUUGCUAUUACCAUCCCCACCACCUUUAGGACCGUCGGCCGACAUUUGGGCAUUGGGGGUGCUAAUGUAUACAAUGUGUACUGGAAAGCUACCAUUUCAACACCCAUAUGAACCAACCUUGAGAUCAAUCAUAACUUCGGGUGACUACAAUAAGUCUGACUUGAAAAAAGCAUGUCUUUUGCAGUGGGUUCUUGCGGAUGAUCUGGAAAGUGAAAGUGAAAGUAACAGUAAUGCUGAUAGUGGAGCAGAGGUGGAGAAAUCGGAACGCCUGGAAAAAGCGGGAAAACGUUCCAACUCCAUGUUUUCCUCGUCACUAGUCGACAAUAAACGGGAACGAGAAAUCGAUGAAUUGCAUGAUCAAUGGCUACAAUACAAUAAAUCUGAAUUCAGUUGGCUAUUUGAUAUAAUCAAAGGAAGCUUACAAGCAAAUAUAACAAAACGUUGGGAUUUGAAUAAGAUCUACGACUCCGUGCAUAUUUGUUAA